UGAGUCUACAAACGCGUAAUCACCAAACACCAAGACUAGAGAGUGAGCCAAAAAAAAAAUAGGUAGCCUCAUUGGCAACAUCAUAAGACUUAAUAACGAAGAGAGAGAGGGAGAGAGAGUAUAUUGAGAAAAAGCUAAGCAAUUGAGGAACUCAGAGAGAUCACCAAACCCUAGCUAAAAGAGAGAUAGAGAAGUACUAUGUUGAAGACGGUGGACAUGACGUCAUCUAGCGGGAAGAGAUCGGUAGCUAAGAAAAUGACGACACCGUGUUGCACGAAGAUGGGGAUGAAGAGAGGACCAUGGACGGUGGAAGAGGACAAGAUUCUUGUGAGCUUCAUCGAGAAAGAAGGCGAAGGAAGGUGGAGAUCGCUUCCUAAAAGAGCUGGCUUGCUCCGAUGUGGAAAAAGCUGCCGUCUACGGUGGAUGAAUUAUCUCCGGCCGUCUGUAAAACGCGGUGGUAUCGCUCCCGACGAGGAAGAUCUCAUCCUCCGCCUUCAUCGCCUCAUUGGUAACAAGUGGUCAUUGAUCGCGGGGAGGAUACCGGGAAGGACUGAUAAUGAGAUCAAGAACUACUGGAACACUCAUCUCCGUAAGAAACUCUUAAGCCAGGGCAUUGAUCCUCAAACCCACAAGCCUCUUGAUGCAAGCUACACUCGUAAACCUAUAGAAGAAGUUUCCGGUGGACAAAACCUUCUAGAGCCUAAUUCUAAUUCUCACACCGAUGAUACCACCGUUAGCAGCGGGAGUGGAGCUGGCAAGAUCAGUGUCAGCGUAUUUGGUGAUGAGGACUUUGGUUUCUGUUACGAUGACAAGUUCUCUUCGUUUCUGAACUCGGUUAUCAAUGAUGAUCCUUUUGAUAGUAAUAUUCCAAUAUUAUCCCAGCCGUUGCAGACGCAUGAUUUUAUCGGUGAGAUUGUUGGAACCUCGUCGAGCUUAGGACAUGACCAGAGACCAGAAGAUAUAUAGUUUGAUGA